AUGGGAGCUGAGGCUGAGGUUGUGAUUCAAAACGGUGUUGUUCCUGUCUUGGAUGUGCCAUGUUCUGAAGUGGAUGUCAAAUCCCCAGAAACGUACAUGGAGGAUGAACACAUAAGAAUAGAUGAUCUGUCUGCACACUUCGGUUCACUCUUUAGUUUUCCCAAGCCAAGUGCAUUCUAUGGGGUAUUUGAUGGCCAUGGAGGGCCUGAGGCAGCAGCCUAUGUUAGAAAAAAUGCAAUCAGAUUCUUUUUUGAAGAUGUUAAUUUCCCACAAGCUUCUGAAGUUGAUGAUGCAUUCUAUUAG